AUGGCUGAUACAACAACUCCUCGCCAAAAACGAAUCAAUGAUGAUAGUAGCGUGCAUCAAGCUUCCCCCGAAGAAAUGUCCAUCCAAAAGCACUAUCUGCUAUUGGCGUACUCGACAUAUUGCUCAUCCGUCAUUCUUGAUGGUGACUUGACGAGUUGUCCAAUUUGUGAUGUCUUUGAUGGCAUCACCUUGAUAAAAACAUUCAAGUCAAGCUUUUAUGACACCAACGCUAUGGUGAUCAGGGACGACAAACGUAAAGAAGUGGUAGCCGUCUUUCAAGGCACAUUCACACUCAGAGGUUGGAUAGCAGACUUGGGUGCUCUUCAAAUACCAUAUCCUGCAAUGAAAGGUGCACAAGUCCACAAAGGCUUUUAUGAAAACUAUAUGGAAGUGGCCAAUGAUCUCACAGCGGUUGUAUUGGAUCAAGCGGAAAAGUAUCCCGAUUAUACCAUCGCUACCACCGGCAACAGACACUCACUUGGUGGUGCUUCAUCCAUGUUUUGUGCCAUGGAUCUUUUUCAGCGUGGAGUGCCAGCUGAGAAAUUAAGGCUGUAUACUCAGGGUGGCCCUCGCAUUGGUAACAAGGCUUUUGCAGAAUACGUUCUCAGUACCAAGGUGCCUGUAACAAGGCUCAUUAACAAGCUGGAUGGUGGUCCUCACAUUUCAUCUCCUGAUUUUGUGCAUCCCGGUCAAGAGUAUUGGAUUCAAUCAGACAGCUUCACGCGAGUGUGCGCUAAUGGCUUGGAAAGCGAAAAGUGCUCGGAUUCAAUGGAGCCUUUGGCUCUUAGCGCUUAUGAUCAUAUCAGGUAA